AAUGUACACAAACAAAAGACAAAAUUACUGUUAUCAUAACAUUUGUGUUGUUAAAUUUUUCAUAAAAAAUAAAUUAUAAAAUUAUUAUUUUUAUGAUUAAUUAUAAUUAUAAUAAUUAUUAUUUAAAUAUUGUUAACGUAGAAAAAUGUUAGCAAUAACUGCUGCUGCACUUCUUCUUGACGAAUGUGAAGAACAUGAACGUUAUCUUGAAAAGGAACAUCAGAAAAAUGAAUUAAGAUUGAGAAAUUCUCCUCAUGCAGAAGAGUCAUCACCACAAAGUUAUCCUGAUGUUGAUAACACUGAGAAUUUAUUUGAAAGACGAGAAGAAUUUCAAGACAAUCUACGUGAUAUAGUUGUCAAUGGAAAAUCGUUCAAUAAUUUACAUACAAUUUAUUCUACACUAAUAAAUCAAUACCCAGAUAUUGAAUUGACGUAUCCAUUUGAAAGAGCUGUUGAAUUAAUGAAAAAUUGGGAACAUGGAGAAUUUCUUGAAGUACCAUUGUCUUUGAAAGAGUACACUAGAAUAUUAUUAUCUGAAACAUGGAAAAAUGUAUUGACUAAAUGGAAUGAAGUUGAAAUGAGUGUUCAUACUGUUGAAAGUUUCGAUGGAAAUUGUAUAACUGUAUUUGCUGAUCAUUCAUAUUUACAAUUAUUUAUUGAUUCGACUGAUUUUAAGCUUGAUGUUUGUCCACUUGAUGAUACUAAUGUACCAAAAGUUGAAAAAUUAAUGAACAUUUCAGUAUUAGUUUCUAACGAGUGGUGGCCAAUUGCUUGGGUAUUGAUUGAAAAAUCAACAGUUGAAACAUACACAGCAGUGUUUCAUGUAUUAAAUUCAGUACAUGGUGUUAUGAAUAAACCAGAUAAAAUAGUACUUUCUUAUUUUGAAACACAACUUGGAGAUUCUAUAAAUUUGUAUUUUCCAUCAUCAACAGUUAUUUGUACAAUGAGUGUUGCAGAUGAAUUGGAUCGUAUACAUGGUAAAAAAUAUACGAGUAUAAUGUUGAUAAAAACUCCAAGAAUUUCACGUUGUUUUAAAAAAUUGUUGGAACUUGAUCAAUUGCCUGCUGAUGAAAUUGAAAGUUCAUUUGAACGUCUAUUUGAAUCAUCAAAAAUGUUUGAUAAUGAAUUUUUAAAAAUAGCAUUUAAUUGUUAUCGUGAAUUGUGGAUUGAAAAAAUAACACCAAAACGUAUUUCUUGUUUUGAAAAUAGAAAUAUUAAAUUAGCUAAAAUUGCGAAAAUUUUUGAAUCCAUUGAUUUGCCUGAUGUUGCUAAAUGGACAACAGUUUUUCGACCAUUUAAAAUAUGGAAAUUUACAGAAAGACUGCUGGUUAUAAUGAUUAUUUUGAGAAGCAAAAUACAUUUGUCAAUUGAUUGAUUAUAUUUAAUUUUGUAAAAGAUAUAUUAUGUUUAAUAUAUAAAUUUUUUAAUAUUUAUAUUUCAUCAAAAAA